UCACUUAAUUAGCUUCAAGCUAACAAUCAACUGAGAGGCACAGCGUCAUUAAUGUUUUGCGUAGCAGAGGUGGGGCAUGCAAUCCACCUGCCUCAAGGCAGAUAGAACAGAUGAUCAAAGAAUCCUGAGGUUUUGCACUCUAAUUGGGCCAUUAUUUGGAAAAGUGGAGGAAGUUUAUCAAGCUUUUAACAGAAGGUCUUUUGGAUGAAGCAGCAAAGUAGUGGAGAACUAACUGAUUUACUGGAAGUAUUGACCAAACACGGCUGCCUAAGUGAUUGUUUGAGGUCCUGCUCUAAAUCUCUUAAGGUUACCGUGGCUGGAGUUUUUAGACAUCUCUGACUAGUGUUUCCCUUAUGUCCUUGUCCCUGCCUCCAGCCUGGGAAGAGCCACCCAGUACCUUCUCUGAUUGGACUGGGUAGUUUGUCUUGACGCACCACUGUGCUGAGUGCUGGAGGACGUGUUUCAACAGAUGGUUGGGGUUAGUGUGUGUCAUCACAUUGGAGAACGGAUUAGAGGAGGAAGGUUGUCUUCCAGGAGCAGUGUGGUCCCCACAAACACUCUGAGGAGCUCAAGAGUGAACAACCCACAGCGAGAAAGAUCAACCCCAUGAGCAAGUCUAACAUCCAGAUUACGUUGUGAGGAUUCCAGCCUUCUGAUUCGUGUUCAAACAGUCCCAUGAUGCAGCUGGUGAGCCUGGCCUGGAUGAUGGUCCUGGCCGCCCCACUGGUCUGCUUUGGUUUCACCACCCGUGGUCAAGGCCUGCGUGGGCGGGUUCAAGGUGACCGACGGAACAUCCGACCCAACAUCAUACUCAUCAUGACAGAUGACCAGGAUGUGGAGUUGGGCUCAUUGCAGGUGAUGAACAAAACUCGCAAGAUCAUGGAGGACGGUGGAACCUCAUUUACAAAUGCAUUUGUAACUACGCCCAUGUGCUGUCCAUCACGCUCUUCCAUGCUGACUGGAAAGUAUGUCCACAACCACAACACAUACACCAACAACGAGAACUGUUCCUCGCCUUCCUGGCAAGCUCAGCAUGAGCCGCGCUCCUUUGCCGUUUAUCUCAACAACACUGGAUACCGAACAGCUUUCUUUGGGAAGUACCUCAAUGAGUACAAUGGCAGCUACAUCCCACCUGGGUGGCGCGAAUGGGUGGGGCUGAUCAAAAAUUCCCGUUUUUAUAAUUACACCGUCUGUCGGAAUGGAAACAAGGAGAAGCACGGCGCGGAUUAUGCCAAGGACUACUUCACUGAUUUGAUUACCAACGACAGCAUCAACUACUUCCGAAUGUCCAAGCGCAUGUACCCGCAUCGGCCGGUGAUGAUGGUGAUCAGUCAUGCAGCACCUCACGGCCCGGAGGAUUCAGCUCCCCAGUACUCCGAGCUCUUCCCAAACGCUUCCCAGCACAUAACUCCCAGCUAUAACUAUGCACCAAACAUGGAUAAGCACUGGAUCAUGCAGUACACCGGCCCGAUGAAGCCGAUUCACAUGGAGUUCACUAACUACCUGCACAGAAAGAGGCUUCAGACGCUGAUGUCUGUAGAUGACUCUGUGGAAAAGAUAUAUAAUGCCCUGGUGGACACCGGGGAGCUGGAGAAUACAUAUAUCAUUUACACAGCUGAUCAUGGUUACCACAUUGGCCAGUUUGGCCUGGUCAAGGGGAAGUCUAUGCCCUAUGAUUUUGACAUCAGAGUGCCGUUUUUUGUCAGAGGUCCUAAUGUGGAACCAGGGGCAAGGAACAACCAUCUUGUGCUAAACAUUGAUCUGGCACCCACAAUCCUGGACAUAGCUGGUCUGGACACUCCACCUGAUAUGGAUGGCAAAUCUGUUUUAUUUCUGAAGCUUCUGGAGCAGGAAAAGAGUGGGAAUAGAUUCAAACCCAACCGGAAACCCAAAGUCUGGAGGGACACAUUCCUCGUGGAGCGGGGCAAAAUCCUUGCGCAAAAAACGAUUGAGUCAGGAGGCAACUUGAACACACAACAAUCUAACAGUUUACCCAAAUACAAGAAGGUGAAGGAGGUGUGUCAGCAGGCAGAGUAUCAGACGCCCUGCGAGCAACCAGGACAGAAAUGGCACUGUGUGGAGGAGGUCAGCGGGAAGUGGCGUUUGCAGAAGUGUAAGGGCUCUCUGAAGGAAGGAUCCAAGAAGAGGGCGAGGAGUCUGCGCUCUAGAAGCUACGACAACCGCGAGAAAGACUGCCACUGUGGAGAACGGCCUUACAAAGCGGCCAAGGCAGCGCGGCGGGCACAGAGACAGUUUGCUCAGAGCAGUAAUCCACGCUUCAGACCCCGCUUUGUUCACACACGGCCGGCCAGAUCCCUGUCAGUGGAGUUUGAGGGUGAAAUCUAUGAUGUGGACCUGCAGGCUGAUGACAAAACCCCCAUUGAGCCUCGACAAAUCAGCAAACAGCACCAUGAGCCCGAGGCAGGUUUUGAUUCAGACUUCGGGUUGGAGUCCGAUGACGGAUCGGAGGAGAUGCAGUCGGAUGAUACUAAUGCUGUGGGAUACCCCAAUUCUCUUAAAGUCACACAUAAGUGUUUCAUAUUAAUGAAUGACACUGUGCGCUGUGAAAGAGAGAUUUACCAGUCCUCCAGAGCGUGGAAAGACCACAAGAACUUCGUGGACCAAGAGAUUGAACUUCUCCAGGAUAAAAUGAAGAAACUGCGUGAGGUUAGAGGCCAUUUAAAGAGGAGGAGACCGGAUGAGUGUGACUGUGGAAAGAAGAGCUACUUUAGCAAAAAGAGACAGCAGAAAAACAAACCCCAAAGAUUGAAGAAUAGGAAUGACCAUCUCCAUCCCUUUAAAGAGGCCAUGCAGGAAGUGGAUAGCAAGACUCAACUCUACAAUGAAAUCCGCCGCAGGAAGAAAGAGAGAAAGGAGAGGAAGAGGCAAAAGAAGGGUGAUGACUGCAGUCAUCCUGGCCUCACCUGCUUCACACAUAAUAAUGACCACUGGCAGACUGCCCCCUUCUGGAACUUGGGUGGCUUCUGUGCCUGCACAAGCUCUAACAACAACACAUACUGGUGUCUGAGAACUAUAAAUGAAACUCACAACACACUCUUCUGUGAAUUUGCCACUGGUUUCCUGGAGUACUUUGAUCUAAACAGUGACCCAUACCAGUUAACCAACGCAGUUUAUACAGUGGAGAGGGACGUUUUGAGCCAACUGCAUUUACAGCUGAUGGAAAUGAGAAGCUGUCAGGGCCACAAGCAGUGCAACCCGAGGCCAAAAGGCUUAGAUGCAGGAAGUAAAGAUGGAGGAAGCUAUGAUCAACACAGGCAACAGCAGCAUCGAAAAUGGUCAAAGUUGAGGAGGCCAAGCCUUUCAUUCCUAACACAGCCAGCCUGGGACGUCCACAAAGGUUAAACUGCCCAAUUUCACAGAGGACAUCGACUGGCAAGGACUGGCAGAUUUGUACAGCGUGAAUGAGAGUCUGUACGAACACAGACACAACUACAGUCCCAACCUGGAUGACUGGAUGAACUUUUGGAAGGAUGUAGAUAGUA